AUGAUUGUUCACUCUAAAUUCGCACAAAGAUCUUCAUCUUCUUUUGAAUUUGAAGAAGGAUCUUCAUCUUCCUCGGAACUUCUAGAAGGACCUUCAUCUACUUCAUCGACUCCUGGUCAUACAUAUGACGUAUUUUUAAGUUUUAGAGGUGAGGACACUCGUCAUAGUUUCACCGAUCACCUUCAUAAGUCCCUCAAAGCUAACUUAAUCGAAACCUUCUUGGACGAUGAAAAAAUUGAAACCGGGGAAGAUCUGAAGCCGGAAUUGGAGACGGCGAUUAAAGCAUCUAGGGCUUCUGUUAUCGUGUUGUCCAACAAUUACGCCACUUCCACAUGGUGCCUUAAUGAAUUGGUAUUGAUUCUUCAGCAACGUAAGACAUCCAGACAUAUCGUUUUCCCCAUCUUUUAUCAUGUCGCGCCCACAUAUAUCAAGAAGCAAGAAGAAAGCUUCGGAGUUGCAAUGGCUAAGCAUAAACAGAAGAUGGAGGCAGAGACCGAUGCAACUAAAAGAAGUGAAUUUGCUCAAAAGAUCAACCUGUGGAAGGAAGCGCUUACACAAGUUGCUGGAUUAAAGGGGGAGCAUUUAAACGGCAGCCGGGGAGAGACGGAGUUUAUUGAAGAACUUAUAAAAGACAUCUCCAGUAGAUUACGCAUAACCUCAAGGAGUGUUCUUCCACAGCUUAUUGGAAGGGACAAUUCCAAGAAAUUUGUCACUUCAUGGUUGAAAGAUGCUGCAUCUUCACAUACAGCAGACAUACUCACUAUUUCAGGUAUGGCUGGGAUUGGGAAGACGACUUUGGCCAAAUAUGUCCAUGCAUUUCAUUCUCAUGAAUUUGACUCAAGCAGCUUUAUUGAAGAUAUCAGUGGCAAAUGUCAUAACCAAUAUAAUGGGUUGCUUAAUUUACAAAAACAACUUUGUGAUGACAUUUCAAAACCAAAUUCAAUUCAAGUUCAUGAUGCUUCAAGAUAUACCUCACAGAUAGAGAAAGCAGUAGCCUUUGGAUGCAUUACUUGGAAGCAAAGCUUUUCAUCUAGGAAGCAAAAUUAUAGUAACAACAGAGUACAAAUGGCUGACAAAGAGUUGUGCACUAUUCAAGAUGAAUAUCAACUCCAAGCAUAA